CCACUCAAUAAAAGAUGGCACUAACAACAUCCUUAACCUAACAUAACCUCUACAUAACUUUAAACUUUUCAUCAAAUUUCUCUUAAUAAAACUUAAUGAUACGUUUAAAACGCUUUAGAAUUCCCUUAAAUACACCCAAAUUAUUCGUUAAACAUGAAUCCACAUCGAUUUCGAAUGAAAUUCCUUUUAAGCUCACAAAAGAACAAGAAAAUAAGAUUUUGGAUGUGUUAAACACAUCGAAUUCGACUCAAUUAUCGCGGUUAAAAUUAUCCCAUAGUCAAAUAAAAAGUUUACAAACAUGGAAAUAUAAUCGAGGUAAUUUUAAUGAUCUUGUAAAUACGCUAAAAGAUGGAGUGGAAGUUUCUAACACUGAAAAGUUGUGCCAAAAAAUUUUAGCUGAAAAUGUGAUAAAUCAAAGCGGGAGGAAUAAUUUUAAUAAGAAACAACUCGUUUGGCCACCUUGGUCAUCUUCUAAUGAUUUUGAGUCAGUUUUAGGAAUACAUUUGGACUCAGCUGGGAUGAGUUGGACAAAAAUGAAUAAAUUUAAUAAUACAAUCAAUGAUUGGGAUUUUUAUAGCUUUAUUAACUUACCAACGAAAAUACUACCAUUGGACAACUUUAAUUUAGCCUCAACCAUUUUAAAAAUGCUUCCAAUUGCGGAUAUUUACGUUUUCGAAUUAAACACAUCAAAAAGUGGAAAAUCCUCACCAACUCAACUACAAAUUUUCGAAUUAAAUUCGAUGCUUUACGCCUUAAUUAAUAGUAGAAAUGGAGAUAGUGACGGCGAUAUCCCUUUAAAUAGGAUUUAUCAUAUUAGGAAUAAUUUAUCGUCGAGGUUAUUUAAAACGUUUGUUGGUGGGGAAAAAGUUUCUACUAUUGGAAUAGUUUCGAAAUUGAUUGAAAAGGAUACUCAACUUGCUUGUGAAAAUAUUUCGGUGGAUAAUUUACUCAUUGAGCAAUAUGAAACGGUUCCAAAAGACUCAAAAGAGUUAUUAGGGAGGUCUUUAUUGCUUACAAUUACUUUUAUGGAGUUAAUUGUUAAGAAAAAUCCAGAAAGUUACAAAGCUAUACAACCGGGACAAAAAUAACUAAAUUGUAAAUUAUUUUUAAUAAAUUAAAUUUUGAAAAGAAA